AUGGCCUCUGAGUCUCCGGCGGCCCCCAAUGCCACGGCGGCGGCGGCGUGGGCCAACGUCAGCGCGCCCGAGGGGCCCCUGUUCCACGUGUUCGCGGCGCUGGACGAGGAGCUGCACCGCGCCUUCCCGGGCCUGUGGCUGGCGCUGCUGGCCGUGCACGGCGUCGUCUUCCUCGCGGGGCUGGCGCUCAACGGGCUGGCGCUGUACGUCUUCUGCUGCGGCACGCGGGCCGCCACGCCCUCCGUCACCUACACCGUCAACCUGGUGGUGACGGACCUGCUGGUGGACCUGUCGCUGCCCACGCGCUUCGCCGUCUUCUACGGCGCGCGGGGCUGCCCGCGCUGCGCCUUCCCGCACGUCUUCGGCUACUUCCUCAACAUGCACUGCUCCAUCCUCUUCCUCACCUGCAUCUGCGUGGACCGCUACCUGGCCAUCGUGCGGCCCGAGGGCUCCCGCCGCUGGCGCCAGCCGGCCUGCGCCCGGGCCGUGUGCGCCCUCGUGUGGCUGGCGGCCGGCGCCGUGACGCUGUCGGUGCUGGGCGCGGCGGCCGGCGGGCCCUGCUGCCGCGUGUUCGCGCUGACGGUGCUGGAGUUCCUGCUGCCGCUGCUGGUCAUCAGCGUGUUCACCGGCCGCAUCGUGUGCGCGCUGUCCCGGCCGGGCCUCCUGCGCCAGGGCCGCCGGCGCCGCGUGCGCGCCGUGCAGCUGCUGCUCACCGUGCUCGUCAUCUUCCUGGUCUGCUUCACGCCCUUCCACGCGCUCCAGGUGGCCGUGGCGCUGUGGCCCGGCAUCCCCCGCCGCACCAGCCUCGUGGCCUACCACGUGGCCGUGACGCUCAGCAGCCUCAACAGCUGCAUGGACCCCAUCGUGUACUGCUUCGUCACCAGCGGCUUCCAGGCCACCGUCCGCGGCCUCUUCCGCCGGCACGCCGCCGCCGCCGAGGGCGAGCCCGGAGCCGGCGCCGAGGUCGGCCUGCGCAAGAGCUCCCGGGGCUCGGGCCACCGCCACAUCCUCGGCGCCGGCCCCUGUGCCCUCAGCCAGGCCCUGGCUAACGCGCCCGAGGCGUGA